CAUGUACGUGUGCAUGGGUCCAUCCCCAGCUCCCCUCCAUCCCAUUGCUGGGGGACCACGGCCAGAGGCGCUGCUGGACCAGAUCCGCAGCCUGCACCGGGCCCGUGAGGCCGCAGCGCGGGAGCUGGCGGAGGCGCAGGGACACAGCGCGGGGCUGCACCGGCACCUGCAGCAGCUGGAGGAGCGGCAGGCGGCGCUGGAGAGGCUCUGGCAGCAGAAGCAGGAGGCGCUGCGGGUGGCGCGGCUGCGCAGGGCGGAGGUGGAGGCCGAAGGUCAAAGGCACCGGGGCCGCUGCCUGAGCCGGCAGCAGGAAGUGGCCGGGGCCGGGGAGCAGCGGAGCCGCCUCCGCCUGCAGCGCCGCGGACACAGGGAGCAGUUCUGGAGGCAGCUCGAGGACAUCAUGGAGCAGCACAAGAGGCUGCGGGAGGAGCACGUCCCAGCUCAUUUAGAGGCUGAACUGGAGCGGCUGGAGGAGGCAAUGGGAAAGCUGCUGAGCCAGGAGCGCCGCCUGCUGGAGGCAGAGCAGCAGCUGGGCCCCGAAGCCUUCGUAGCCAUCCGAUUGGUGGAGGAGGAGGCGGAGUGGGCGGGGCAGCGCCUGGCGGCGGAGCUUGCGCGGCGUCAGAGCUGCCAGUGCCGCCGGGACAGGUUGGCCGGGGAGCUGGAGCAGCUGCAGCGCCCCCUAGAGGCUCAGCGCGAGUGAGGAGUGAAGGGGGCGGGACCUAUAGGUCCCCUAUAGAGUCCCCC